CCCUAGAAUCAACUUCUACCGUCCGAUCCAGACCCUUCUCAUAUAUAAACUUACUAGGGUUUGUGGACCGCCAGCCACGGCACUUAGAUCUUCGUCUCUGCAAGUACUAACGCCAUUCUUAUCCCUACAAAAUGGCGACCCAAAUAAGCAAGAAGAGAAAGUUCGUCGCCGACGGAGUUUUCUUCGCCGAGCUUAAUGAGGUCUUGACCAGAGAGCUUGCCGAGGAUGGAUACUCUGGCGUGGAGGUUAGGGUCACCCCUAUGCGCACUGAGAUCAUUAUAAGAGCUACUCGCACCCAAAACGUUCUGGGUGAGAAGGGGAGGAGGAUCAGGGAGCUGACCUCUGUGGUACAAAAGCGAUUUAAAUUCCCAGAGAAUAGCGUCGAACUCUACGCUGAGAAGGUUAACAACAGAGGGCUUUGCGCCAUUGCUCAGGCUGAGUCCCUUCGCUAUAAGCUUCUUGGUGGUCUUGCUGUUCGCAGGGCAUGUUAUGGUGUGUUGAGGUUUGUUAUGGAAAGCGGUGCUAAGGGAUGUGAGGUGAUUGUCAGUGGGAAGCUAAGGGCACAGCGUGCAAAAUCUAUGAAAUUCAAGGAUGGCUACAUGAUUUCAUCUGGUCAGCCUGUGAAAGAUUAUAUCGACUCUGCUGUGAGACAUGUUCUGUUACGACAGGGGGUUCUUGGUAUCAAGGUCAAGAUUAUGCUAGAUUGGGAUCCUAAGGGGAAGCAGGGCCCAACAACUCCUCUACCAGAUUUGGUCACAAUCCAUCCUCCCAAGGAGGAAGAGGAGUACCUGCGACCACCACCUGCAUUGGCACCCGAGAUUGACGUCUUAGUGCCAGUGGCUUAAAGCCUUAGCGGUCAAUGUCCUGAUUGUUAUUGAUGUCAUUAUUAUAAUCUUCACUAGAGUUAUUUAAUCAUCUCGUUCUGCAAUGUUGGAUACUCGAGUUUUUUACUGGACUUUUUGAUACCCUUCUCAGUUGUUGCUCUACUUGAUUUGGUUUUUCUAGAGCCAUUGGAUUGGCGUUUUAAUAGAUUACAUUAGUUGCGUUCGUCUCCUUAUGAUCAAGGACUUGCACGGUUUUGUUUUAAUCUUUUAGUUAUGGAAUGGUAAAUACAUGUUGGCAUGCUA